AUGGCUUCCCGGGAGCGGCUCUACGAGCUUUGGAUGCUCUACUUCGCCAAGAAGGACCUCUCCUACCUGCAGCAGUGGCUGGAAGCCUUCGUCAUGAACUUCGAGAAGAUCAUCGCCCUGCCCUCGCUGGAGCCCAGGAGGCCGGAGGAGUCGGUGUCGGAGAUCCCGGUGCUGCCGCGGGAGGUGCUGCAGGUGCUGAGCCAGCGGCUGGGGCAGUGCGUGGCCCAGGUCCCGCGGGAGGAGGAGGGUGGCGGGGCCAGCCUGGGGCAGGCGCUGCUCCUCCUCAAGUUCUUCAUCAUCAUCUGCAGGAACCUGGAAAACAUCCAAGCGGACAAAACCCCUGGCUUCAUCCCGGAGGUGCUGAAGCUGCUGCGGGUCUGCGCGAGCAAGGUGAGCCUGAAGAGUAUCCAGGAGGAUGAGCAGAGCAGAAUGCAGCUGGAGAGCGGGAUGCUCUACGCCCUGCAUCUCUGCGAGUGCCUCUUCGACCCCUACCAGACCUGGCGGCGGCAGCUGAGCGGGGAAGUCAUCAGCGCGAAGGAGAAGAGUAAAUACAAGUUCGCCCCGGCCCCUUUGCCCCCCGAGUUCGACGCCUUCUUCCAAGAGAGUUUCCAAGCCGGAGGGCAGCUCCCCGAAACACUCCAGCUCCGGCUUAUCCAUCUUUUUGGGGCCAUCCUCUCCGGAUCCAAGCCCAACGCGCUGCGGGCCAUCACGCCGGCGGCGGUGGAGGUGCUGCUGGGGGUGCUGCAGCGGGGAGGCGGGGGGACCCCCCCGGUCCCCAAGUUGCUGGAGCUGGCGUUACGCGGCGUGGUGGCCGUGGUCCACGUGCUGCACGGCAGUAGUCCCGGCGCCGGCCCCGUGCCGUUGCGUGUCCUCCUGGAUGGUUACUUCAGGGUGCUCAAUUCGGACCUGCCCGUCGCUUCCUUGGCGCCGGAGGCGGCCGGUGGCCUCAUCGCUCUUCGCGUGCUCAUGCUGGAUGCCAUCCCGGCCAUGCUGAGCUGCGAGGACCGGCCGGUCCUCCAAGCCGUCUUUCUCAGCAACAACUGCUUCGAGCACAUCAUCCGGCUCCUCCAAAACAGCAAGCUCUACCUCAGCAGCUCACGGGAGGCAGGUGAAGCCCAGGACGAGGUCCCUGCGCGGCCGCCAGACAGGGAUGGGCUCCAGCAGGUCUUCAACGGCAGCUCCGAUGCCAUCGCGGUCCAUGCCAUCGGGGUGCUCACCGCCAUCAUGAGCAAUUCGCCCUCAGCCAAGGAGGUGUUCAAGGAGCGAAUCGGCUAUGCCCACCUCUACGAGGUGUUGAGGAGCCAAGGCCAGCCCACCCAACGCCUGCUCCAGGAGCUCCUCAACAUGGCAGUGGAGGGCGACCACAGCUCCUUCCCGGUGCGCCCCAUCCGCAACGAGCAACCCCUGCUCAUCCUGCUGGCCUGGCUGCCGGCGCUGGCGUGCCGGGAGCUGCAGGUCUUCCUCUCGGGCUGGCUGCGGCGGCUCUGCGAAGCCUCCCUGCCCAGCCGCCUCACCUGCGUCAAGGCGGGCAUGGUGGGCUGCCUGCUGGGUGCCUUGGCCACCGAGCCGGCGCUGCCGGCUGCCUGCUCCGAAAAUUUACUGGAGCUGCUGCGGGCGUUGGGCAGCCUCUCCAUCCGCCCCGGGGAGCUGCGGCAGCUGCUGCGGCUGCUGCGGCACGAGCGGGGUCGGGGACCGCAUCCCUACGCGGCGCCCGUCAUCCGGGCGCUCUCAGGGAUGGCACGGGUCGAGGGACCCCCCCGGGCACUGCAGUGCUUCGACCUGACACCCGGUAUGGCGGGGAUCAUGGUGCCCACCGUCCAGAAGUGGCCCGGCAGUGCCUUCGCCUUCCACGCCUGGUUGUGCCUGAGCGAGGAGGAGCCUGAGCCACCAGUGAGGCCAAAGAGGAGGCAGCUCUACAGCUUCUUCACGGCCGGCGGGACGGGCUUUGAGGCGUUCUUCACCGCCGGCGGCGUGUUAGUGGUGGCCGUCUGCACCAAGAAGGACUACAUGACGGUGGCAUUGCCGGAGUUUGCCUUCAACGACUCGGCUUGGCACUGCGUCGACAUUGUCCACGUCGCCGGCCGCCGGCCCUUCGGCCAGAACAUCGUCAGCAUCUACGCCGAUGGGCACCUGCGGAAGACGGCGCAGCUCCGCUUCCCCUCCCUCCACGAGUCCUUCACCUCCUGCUGCAUCGGCUCCGCGGGCCACCGGACCACCACCACCACCGCCACCGCUGCUGGCCACCCACCGGCAUCCCAUGGGCCGGAGCUGGUCUUCCCUCCGCACCCCACGCUCGGCCGCUCCCAGUCCGUCCCCGCCCUGGGUCCCCAUGCUUGGACCCCCACUCAGCCCCCCACCGAGGUGGUGGCCACUACAGCGGCCGGCAGCCAGGACACCGAGUGGGGCAGCCCCACCUCCCUGGAGGGUCACCUCGGCUCCGUAGCCAUCUUCUGCGAGGCUCUGCAGCAAGCCCAGGUCAAGGCGCUCUUCUGUGCGGGACCAAACGUCACAUCACCGUUUACGCUGGAAGGUGACUUGGUGGAGCUCAGCAGCAAGCUCUUGCUGUACUACACGCCACAGGCCUGCAGGAACAACAUCUGCCUGGACCUCUCUCCCAGCCAUGGCUUGGACGGGAGGCUGACAGGGCACAAGGUGGUCAACUGGGACAUCAAGGACGUGGUCAACUGCGUGGGUGGGAUGGGCGUGCUGCUGCCCCUGCUCGAGCAAGUGGCGUCCAAGAAGGAGGAGCCCGAGGAUGAGCAGGAGACCAACGACCUGGUGGGGCCAGAGCUGACGUCCUCCAGGAAUGCCCAGGGCCUGCUCAUCCCACUGGGCAAGUCCUCAGGUGAGGACCUCAGGGGACACAGAGCAGGAGCCGUCCUGCUCGGGUGGCUGGAGGAGUCAGAAUAUGUCUCAGCCCACCUCCACGAGUGGAUCGACCUCAUCUUUGGGUACAAGCAACGAGGCCCGGCCGCCGUGGAGGCCCUCAACGUCUUCUACUACUGCACCUAUGAGGGGGCCGUGGACCUGGAUGCCAUCGCUGACGAGACGCAGAGGAAGGCUCUGGAGGGCAUCAUCAGCAACUUUGGGCAGACGCCCUGCCAGCUGCUCAAGGAACCCCAUCCCGCCCGGCUGUCAGCAGAGAGCGCUGCCCGGAGGCUGGCCCGCCUCGACACCCGCUCGCCCAACGUCUUCGAGAACCUGGACCAGCUCAAGUCCUUCUUUGUGGAGGGCAUCAGCGAUGGGGUGGCCCUGGUGCAAGCUGUGGUCCCCAAGAACCAGGCGCACUCCUUCAUCACUCAGGGAUCACCCGACGUCCUGGUCACCGUGAGCGCCAACGGCUUGUUGGGGACCCAUAACUGGUUACCCUACGACAAGAACAUCUCCAACUACUUCAGCUUCACCAAAGACCCCACCGUCUCCAACGCAAAGACCCAGCGCUUUCUGCAGGGCCCCUUCGCCCCCGGCGCGGACCUCUGCUCCCACACGCUGGCCGUGUCCCCCGACGGGAAGCUGCUCUUCAGCGGGGGACAUUGGGACAACAGCCUCCGCGUCACCUUGCUGGCCAAAGGGAAGGUCGUUGGGCACAUCACCCGGCACAUAGAUGUUGUCACCUGCCUGGCGCUUGACCUCUGCGGCAUCUACCUCAUUUCUGGGUCCCGGGACACCACCUGCAUGGUGUGGCAGGUCCUACAGCAGGGUGGGUUUUCCAGCGGCUUGGCUCCCAAACCCGUCCAGGUCCUGUACGGCCACGACGCCGAGGUGACGUGCGUGGCCAUCAGCACCGAGCUGGACAUGGCGGUGUCGGGCUCCAAGGAUGGCACCAUCAUCAUCCACACCGUCCGCCGGGGUCUCUUCAUCAGGUCCCUGCGGCCGCCCGGCGAGAGCUCGCCACCCGCCGUCCUCUCCCACCUAGCCGUGGGGCCGGAGGGGCAGGUGGUCGCCCAGACCGCCGUGGGUCAACGAGCCUGCUUGAAGGACAGGUUUGCGCUGCACCUCUACUCGGUGAACGGGAAGCACCUCUCCACGGUCCCGCUGGACGAGGAGGUGACGGCCAUGUGCCUGACGGAGGAGUUCGUGGUGCUGGGGACCAUGCAGUGCGGGCUGGAGAUCCGUGACCUCCAGAGCCUCAGGGCGGCCGUGCCCCCCGUGCCCAUGCGGGUGCCCGUCCACAGCGUGUCCGUCACCAAGGAGAAGAGUCACAUCUUGGUGGGGUUGGAGGAUGGCAAGCUCAUCGUGGUGGGGGCUGGGCAGCCCGCUGAGGUGCGGCCGGGCCAGUUCCACCGGCGGCUGUGGCGCUCCACGCGGCGCAUCUCCCAGGUCUCGGCCGGCGAGACGGAGUACAACCCCGCCGAGGGCAAGUCCUAGCCUGGCACCCACCACCCACCAACCCACCCCCCACCCAGG